AUGAAAGUAACUGAGAACAUUUUGAUAUCGACAUACCCAGUGUUAAAUCGCAAGUUACCAGAAAAUAUUAAAUUCAUUACAACGCAAGAAUUAGAAGAUAUCUACCCCGACAAAAAACCGGCAGAACGUGAAUAUCUUGCAGUUAAACAGUAUGGUGCUGUUUUUCUCAAACAGAUCGGAAAGCUUCUGAAAUCCAAUACGAUACACGACAAUCGAGCCCCAGACUAUGAUGACUGGGAAUUGAAUGGAGAUAUACUAGUUUAUAGUGAACACGACGAUAGAUGUAUAGAAUUGUCAUCAAUGGGUAUCCGAGUGGAUGAGUUGUCAAUGGAGAGACAGUUGAAAGAAAGUGGUUGUGAAGCACGUAAACAGCUUGAAUAUCAUCAAAAUGUUCUGAAUGGUAUAUAUCCAUUAACGAUAGGUGGUGGAAUAGGACAGAGUCGAUUGUGUAUGUUCUUUAUGGAGAAGAAACAUAUUGGUGAAGUGCAAGUUAGUAUAUGGCCUGAACACGUUCGUCGUGAAUGUGAACAGAAUAAUAUAUUUCUCCUGUAAACUGAACGAAAUCAUUUUCUCUCAGCUUUAUUGUUGAAAAGAAUGUGAAGUGCAUGAAUAUUAAUUGUAUGUAUGUUUUCAUAAAUGUUGU